GAAGGUAAAAUUUAGAGUUAUUCAACCACGCCAAACUUUUGCGAUACUUUAAAAGGCCAUAAAUCUUUACGACAAUAAACAUCGGACCAACCACAGUCUUGCCUUCACAUUCCUCGUCCGGUUACAGUAAAGAUUUUGGCACUUCGUAUCAUGGCUUCGGACCCUGGGAGCAGGCAUAUAGACAACGGUCCAGCAGAGAAUGGUGGUCCAGCAGAGAAUGGUGACGGUGAAUAUGAACAGAUAGAUGGGAGGAGAGUUAGAAGACUUACUGAGAAGGCUCUUGAUAUAUACCAUCAGAAAAUCGAUGAUUACGAACAUAGACUUGUAGCCACUUGGGACAGUGUAGAUGUGGCUCUUAAAGAGUAUGUUAACGCUCGUUCACUCAGUGAACUUAAACAAUAUCAGAGAAAUUUAUGCAUGCUAUACGGUGAAUAUCGAGUGUCCACAAGACACUAUUGUGACUAUUUAGAUAGUGUCCAUACUCCUGACAGUAUUAUGUUGUUAGAAACACAGAUUGUGACAGACAGGCAUCGUGACGAUAAAGUCAACACAGUUCUUAAGCAAACAGAUGGACAGAUUGAACAUUUCAAUGAAACGGCUUCAUUCUCGGUAAAAAGCAACAAUUCUAAAAGAAGUGAAAAAUCGGGGUCAAGUCAUAGAACAAAUUCUUCAAGAAGUUCCAACGUUUCACUAACUACUCAAGCGAAAGCUAAAGCGAGCGCAGCCUUAGCAAGAAAAUCAAUGAUAGAAAAGGAAACGGCCUUGCUCAAGAAAAGAGUGGACAUUGAAGGUGAAAUUAAAGCGUUAAAAGAGGAUGAAAUAGUGAAAGUCGCUGAAGCAGAACUUGAAGUAUAUGAACAAGAAACAAUUUGUGAUGAAUUGCUCAGCUCACAUCGAGACAUUCCUAAUGAGCUUCCAAAAAGUACAAAGAAAGAUAUAACAAGACAAUAUGUUGAAUCACUUGCUGAACAUCAAAGUGUGUCCCAACAUUCAGAGAAAUCCGUCACAAAUGAAUUAAAUGCAAAGGCCAAAGAGUUUGUGCCUCAAGUUUCAAAUAAAGAUGUCGCAUCAGAACUUUCGCGUUUCCUUCUGCGGAAAGAUUUGCUUUUCUCUCGACUUACCAAAUUUGAUGAUAAACCAGAAAACUACCCUGUCUGGAAGACCACAUUUCAGAGUGUCAUAGAAGAACUUGGUGUUGGUGUGAGAGAAGAACUAGAUUUGUUAGUCAAAUGGCUAGGUACCGAUUCAGUGAAAUAUGCUGUUAGUGCUCGAGCAUCUAGCUCUUCAUGCCCCGAAAGUGGUGUAAUAAAACUGUGGGACAGACUUGACGAAAGGUAUGGGGCACCUGAAAUCGUAGAAGCUUCACUAAGAAACAAAAUACAGAACUUUCCGAGGUUAGGUGUAAAAGACUCUAAGAAGCUCUUCGAACUUGUGGAUAUUUUGGACGAAAUUCAGAAUCACAUGAAAAAUCCAACAUACACAGAUUUGCUAUCAUAUAUGAACACUUCACGCGGCGUCAUACCGAUAGUGAACAAACUGCCACAUAAUUUGCAGGAAAGAUGGACUUCCAGAGCAGCAAAGUACAAGGCGAACCGAAAUGUUCCCUUUCCGCCCUUCUCAUACUUCGUCAACUAUGUACGUGAAAUAAGUAAAGUGCGAAAUGAUCCGGGAUUCAUGUACGAAAGUUACACCAAACCUGUCAACCCUCCGCAACAAAGAAACAAAAUGGCUGCAUAUAAGACAGAGGUAUAUUCAUCAACAGCUGAAAACAGAUCGCAGGGAGCGGCAGCCCAAGAGUCUACCCCUAUUCAAUGCCCAUUUCACCACGUGGAAGGUCACACCUUGAAUUCUUGUCGUACAUUUCAGGGAAAGCCAAUUGUGGUUAGAAGAAAGUUUAUACGCGACAAGAAUAUUUGUUUCAAGUGCUGUUUAGAGAGCUCUCAUCUUGCGCGGGACUGCAAGAAGAAGGUGCAGUGUAAACGGUGCAAAGGUGCCCAUGCAACAGCCUUACAUUUUGACAUUGCUUCUGGUCAUGAUAAUACCCAUGCUGAAAAGACAGAGAUGCAUGGUGGGGAGAAAGCUCCUAAAAGAACAACGGAAAUACGCACUGCAUGUGCUCAGGUUUGCGGCCAAGACAGAAGCGGGCGCUCUUGCGCGAAGAUCGUCUGCGUGAAUGUACACAGAAAUGGUGAAGAGAACAGAAAGAAGAUGUAUGCUGUAAUAGACGACCAGAGUAACCGGUCAUUAGUAAGACCAGAAUUCUUUGACAUUUUCCCAGGGAGCUUUGAAGAGAUGGCUUACUCCUUAACUUCAUGUUCCGGUACUGUUAACACAAGUGGUCGCAGAGCUAGUGGCUUCAUAGUAGAAAACCUAGACGGAACGAGGUGGUUUGAGCUUCCACCACUUACAGAAUGCACUCAAAUUCCCGACAUUCGAGCUGAAAUACCAACACCUGAGGUAGCAAGAGCCUAUCCGCAUUUAGAAGAUUUGGCCGAAGAAAUCCCAGAACUUGAUGAUCAAGCGCCUAUUCUGAUGCUCAUUGGAAGAGAUUUAGCAGAAGCGCAUCACAUCCUUAAACAGAGACUUGGACCAAAUGGGUGCCCAUUCGCGCAAGAGCUCAGUUUCGGUUGGGUCAUCAUCGGUGAAACGUGCCUCGGGAAAGUGCAUGUUCCGAAAAUGGUGUGUGUAAACAAGACUUACAUUCGUGAACCAAACAGAGCAUCUAUAUUUCCUACAUGUGAAAAUAGUCUCUUGCUUAAAGACCGUCUAACAGAUCAAUCUUCAGACAUUCUGAAUGACAUUUUUGCCCGUACCCCUGAUGAUGACAGAUUAGGUCUUUCUGCCGAGGAUGAGGAGUUUCUCGAAAUCAUGACAAAAGACUUAAAGAAGUUGCCAGAGGGUUGGUCAGCCCCUCUUCCAUUCCGUAACCCGAGACAAAGACUUCCAAAUAACAGAAACCAAGCUUUGAAGAGGACGCAUUCCUUACAAGCAUCAUUGAAAAGAGACCCAAAGAAGCAGAAACACUUCCUCGAGUUCAUGGCAGGGAUUUUCGAAAACAGCUAUGCUGAGCCAGCUCCUCCGUUACAGCCUAAAGAAGAAUGCUGGUACCUGCCCAUUUUCGGCGUGUAUAAUGCUAAGAAAAAAGACCAAAUUCGAGUAGUUUUUGAUUCAGCUGCACAAUACCAAGGGGCUUCAUUGAACUCAGUACUUAUUCAAGGACCAAAUCUGAUGAAUAGCCUUUUGGGAGUUUUAAUGAGAUUUAGACGACACCCUGUUGCAGUUACUGCUGAUAUACGCCAGAUGUUCUUCCAAUUCCGCGUGCAUGAGACGCACAGAAACUACCUGCGCUUCAUAUGGUUUAAAGACAACGAUCCGGACCAAGAACUGGUAGAGUACCGAAUGUGCUCACACGUCUUUGGCAAUUCACCUUCCCCGGCUAUAGCAGCGUAUGGCUUGAAAAAGACUGCAAUAGAGAUGGAACCUGUUUAUGGUACAGACGUAAGAGAAUUCGUGGAGAGAGACUUUUAUGUAGAUGACGGGCUAUCCUCUUUUCCUGAUGCUACAACAGCUGUAGACCUGGUAACACGGACUCAAAGGGCUCUUCAAGAGGGAGGCAAUCUCCGUCUGCAUAAGAUUGCUUUAAACAACAAAGAUGUGAUGAAAGCAUUUCCAAAGGCUGACUUGGCUAAAGAACUUCAAGACAUAAGCAUAGGGUCAGACACUCUACCUACCCAGAGAAGCCUAGGUAUGAAUUGGAAAUUGGAGACAGAUUCUUUCACAUACAGUGUGUCAAAAGAUGAAAAGCCAUUAACCCGCAGAGGAGUGCUGUCAACGGUGAACUCGCUGUUUGAUCCCUUAGGUUUCGUGGCUCCAGUUGUCAACCAGGGGAGAUUGCUGAUGCGAGACCUGAUACAAGAGACAUUAGACUGGGACAAGCCCCUGUUAGAAGUGAACAUGCAGCAAUGGGAUAAUUGGAGAAGAUCAUUGACGGAGCUUGAACAGCUCAAUAUCCCACGUAUGUGUAUACCAGUCUUAACGCCACCUGGGAGACAAGAAAUUCAUGUUUUCUCUGAUGCAUCAGAGAAAGCAAUAUCUUCUGUUGCCUACUUAAGAGAUGAGAACGCCAAAGGUGUGGUUCAAGUCGGUUUCGUUUUGGGUAAAUGUAAGGUUGCUCCACAGUCCGGACAUACUAUACCUAGGCUUGAGCUUUGUGCUGCCGUGAUGGCUGUGGAAAUAGCUGAGACAGUAUCCGAGCAGAUUGGCGUUGCCAUAGAGAAGAUGAAGUUUUACACAGAUAGUCGUGUUGUACUUGGUUAUCUUAACAACAAGCUACAGCACAGCAAGUGGAUAAAUGGCCCAGAAUUUCUAAAAAGUUCAGAGCUACAGAUCAACACAGAUACAUAUGAGCUACAAGCUGAAGAAGAAGACCGAGAAAUUAGACCACUAGUGCAGUGCAUGAAGACAGAAACAAGCACAAUUCAGAGUCUUGGCCUAAACCGAUUUGAAGGCGUCAAGAGCUGGGAACUCAUGAUCAAAGUGAUCGCUUUACUCAAAGGCAAGGCACGCUGUCGAAAGAACGAGUCGGACAUUAGUCGAGCUGAUUUACUCUUGGAAUCGGAAAGGAUAAUUCUCAGAGAAGUACAGAGGGAAGCGUUUUUCCCCGAGCUGGAGUGCAUAGCUUCAAGUCAGAAGCUACCCAGAAUCAGUGCUAUACAGAAGCUCAAUCCCUUCAUAGAUGAACAUGGUUUAUUAAGAGUUGGUGGUAGACUGCAACAUGCCAGUGAGCUUAGUACAAGGGAGAAGCAUCCAGUUAUUCUGCCAAAAGGACAUUUUGUGAGCAGACUGGUCACCUUGAACUACCAUGGAAAGGUUCUACACCAAGGAUGCAACUUCACCGAAGGUGCUAUCAGAUCUGGAGGCUUCUGGGUAAUCGGUGUAAAGCGGCUAGUGCGUAGUAUCAUUCAUGAGUGUUUUAAGUGCAAGAAACUUCGCGGCAAAGCAGAGUCUCAGAUCAUGUAA